GGGAUUAAUAUGAGUGGGGGACAGAAACAACGGAUACAGAUUGCACGGGCAGUUUACCAAGAAGCUGACAUAUACUUACUAGAUGAUCCUUUCAGUGCAGUGGAUGCUCAUACAGGCACACAACUCUUUGAGGACUGUUUACUGGGAAUCCUGAAAGACAAGACAAUCUUUUAUGUUACCCAUCAAGUAGAGUUUCUGCCAGCAGCAGAUCUCAUUCUGGUGUUGCAUAAUGGAAGAAUUUCACAAGCUGGUAGAUUUGAAGAACUUCUAAAGCAAAACAUAGGCUUUGAAGUUUUAGUAGGCGCUCACAGCCAAGCUCUAGACUCAAUCCUGAAAGUUGAAAAUUCAAGCAGAUCAUCUCAAGAUCCAUUAUCCGAAGUUGAAUCCUACACAGACUCUGCAUCAAAUGCAGAACUUUUAUGUACACAGCACGAAUCAGACCAUAAUAUCUCUGUAGAGAUAAAUGAGAAGGAAAGAAAGCUGGUACAAGAUGAAGAAAGAGAAAAAGGCAGCAUCGGAAAAGAAGUUUACUGAUCUUAUUUAACUGCAGUAAAAGGUGGAGCCCUAGUUCCAGGCAUACUCCUCGCACAGUCAUCCUUCCAAGUACUACAGGUAGCUAGUAAUUACUGGAUGGCCUGGGUUUCUCCUACCACAGGCAAGGGUGAAACAACAUUAGAGAUGCAUUUUAUAUUACUUGUUUACUCACUUCUUGCUACUGGAAGUUCAUUAUGCGUUUUAGUGCGAGCUAGUUUAGUAGCAAUAGCAGGGCUUUCAACAGCACAAAAGAUCUUUACAAACAUGCUGCAUAGCGUAAUCCAUGCUCCAAUGGCAUUUUUUGAUUCAACCCCAACUGGAAGAAUCUUAAACCGGGUGAGUAGAUUUAACUUAACUGAUUUUAUAAUCCAAUUUUGACUUGAAAAAAAAUUGGUUGCUUCUUGUUUACUUAGAAAUAAUGGUUCACUUUAUCCAAUGUGUAUGCAUUGAGAAAUUGUGUGAAAAGUAAAACAUUGAAGUAGGAAGACAAGAGAAAAACGAUAGGCCCCAUAGAAAAAUCUGCUUUGCAAAGUAGUAAAUAAGAUAAAAUGGCAAUUGUUUCGCUGUAUAAGAAAAAGAUAGAACUGAAGAAUUUCUAAGAGCCAGCUAAUAACCUAAUUGUAGACCAAGUAUUCAUUAUAAAGCAUAUUCCUCUGUCAAAGAAAAUAUGGAGUGAUAUGAUCCCGAGUCAAGGAUCUGUCACGGGUAUGUUGACACUGAAAUCUUGAAUCAAGCUGGUUGGAUUCUUGAUAGAUUGCCUAUGAUGAACUAUGCUAAUAGCUCAGUAAACUAAACCUCUGAUCUCUAGACUUAGUUACUCUUAUCUGUGAAAUUGUUCAAAUUUUAUUAUUGACAAAGAGAGAAUAUAUGUGUUUUAUAUAUAUAAGGCAUUGCUACUGCCUUUCUGAACUCUAGGAUCUGAUUUGCAUGUUCUUUCAUGGACUUAUUAGUAAACUUAUUUAGAUAACCUAAAAUUCUCUCAUUUAUGCUUAUUUAGAUGAAAAAUAAAGAGUGGAUAACUUAAGAAUUUUGAAAAAAUCUGAACAUAAAGUAAUAUAGGAUGAAAUUGAUUGGGCUAUACCUGGCACAUGCUGUCCUGCUUGUAUACCCAGCCAGUAAACAGAAAAUGAUCACUUCCAGUAACAUGACGAAAAUAAGGAUUCAGAGAAAAAA